AGCUCCUUCCGAGCAGCAUGGCGGACACUGCACCUCAGCCCAAAAGAAAGCGCGAAUCCAACGCAGAGGCGGAAACCCGCAGCACAGGAGAAAAGGAAACAGGAGUUGGAAAUGGUACUUCUGCUCCUGUUCGCUUACCGUUCUCCGGCUUUAGAGUGCAAAAAGUGCUGAGGGAAUCUGCGCGGGACAAAAUCAUUUUCCUACACGGGAAGGUGAAUGAGGACUCUGGGGAUGGGAAUGGAGAGGAUGCUGUUGUGAUCCUGGAGAAGACACCGUUUCAGGUAGAACAGGUGACCCAGCUCCUGAAAGGCACCCCUGAGCUCCAGUUGCAAUUUUCCAAUGAUAUCUACAGCACCUAUCACCUGUUCCCUCCAAGGCAACUGAGUGACGUGAAGACAACAGUGGUAUACCCUGCCACAGAGAAACACCUACAGAAGUACCUGCGCCAGGACCUCCACCUGAUCCAAGAGACAGGAGAUGACUACAAGAACAUUACCUUACCUCACCUGGAGUCCCAGAGCCUUGGCAUUCAGUGGGUAUAUAACAUCCUUGACAAGAAGGCUGAAGCUGACCGGAUUAUUUAUGAGAAUCCAGAUCCCUCUGAUGGCUUUGUCCUCAUCCCUGACCUCAAGUGGAACCAACAGCAGCUUGAUGACCUGUACUUGAUUGCCAUCUGUCAUCGCCGAGGCAUCAAAUCACUUCGGGACCUUACUCAAGAGCACCUGCCGCUGCUCAGGAACAUCCUUCUUGAAGGGCAGGAAGCCAUCAUGCAGCGCUACCAGGUGAAGGCAGACCACCUCCGUGUUUACCUGCAUUACCUGCCCUCCUACUACCACCUACAUGUGCACUUCACUGCCCUGGGAUUUGAGGCACCCGGUUCCAGUGUGGAGCGGGCCCACCUGCUGGCCCAGGUGAUCGAGAACCUAGAGUAUGACCCCACGCACUAUCAGCAGCGCACUCUCACUUUUACCCUCAGAGCUGAUGACCCCCUACUCAAGCUCCUACAAGAAGCCCAGCAACCCUGAGUGUGCCAGGAGAGGGGCACAUUUGUUUGUGGUUUUGGGCAGUGUGGAGGCUAUGUUUUACUCCAAGGGGAUUUUUAAAACAUUUAUUUUGUACUGGUUUAUUCCUUAUAUGUGAAUAAAGUAUUAGGCUCAUCUGUGAA